GGAAAAGAAAGUUUAAAGGACAGAUAGUUCUCAGUCCCUCCUAAUUAAAUUCUGACAGCCUUUUUUUUUAUUGUUUCUUCAUUUCAGGCCAAAUAUACAAUGUCACCAUCAGAGUCCAUUACAGAAUAUGAUCUCAUCAUUGUUGGUGCUGGGAUUGUUGGAUGCUCAGCAGCUCGAGCAUUUGGUUCGGACGGCAGAAAAGUCCUGUUACUUGAACGUGAUCUUGCAGAACCAGAUAGAAUCGUUGGAGAAUUACUACAACCCGGAGGAAUCAAUGCCUUGAAAGAACUUGGCUUACAAGACUGCGUCGAAGGCAUUGAUGGUAUUCCUUGCUAUGGUUACGGCGUGAUAUAUAAUGGAGAAACAGUCCAUAUUCCGUAUCCUAACGAUAAGUCAACAGAAAAGCCUGCUGUUGGCAAGUCUUUUCAUCAUGGACGAUUUAUUAAUAACCUAAGAAAAGCUGCUAGGGCCACCGAAAAUGUGGACAUCAAAGAACUUACAGUCAGCACACUGAUAAAAGAACAUCAGAUAGAAGGGGCAGAUAGAGUAGUAGGUGUUAGUGCACAAGAUAAGUCAGGACAAGAAUUCAAGUUUUAUGCUCCCUUGACAAUUGUUUGUGAUGGCAUAUUUUCGAAAUUUAGAAAAGAGAUCACUGAAAAGACGCCCGAUGUUAGAUCAAACUUUGUAGGGUUUGUCAUGAAAGACUUGGAGUUGCCAUUUCCUAACCAUGGGCAUGUUAUUCUUGCAAAGCCUUCUCCUAUCCUUAUGUAUCAAAUUAGCACGCAUGAUACUCGUAUAUUAGUUGAUAUUCCCGGCAAGUUACCCUCUGCCUCUAACGGUGAUUUGAAAAAAUACAUGGAGCAAGUGGUCGCCCCAGAGCUGCCUGAUAGUAUUCGUCCAAAAUUUUUAGAAGCAUUGGAGACGGAAAGGCUAAGAUCUAUGCCAAAUGGGUUCUUACCUCCUACUAUGAACCAAACUGAAGGAAUGAUUGUACUGGGCGAUGCUAUGAAUAUAAGGCAUCCCUUGACUGGCGGAGGCAUGACAGUAGCAUUUAAUGAUGUUGCAAUACUCAAGAAAAUGUUAUCACCAGAAAACGUGCCUCAUUUGACAGAUUCAGAGCUAGUCGUGAAGCAAUUGAAAAAGUUCCACUGGAAAAGAAAGAGAUACUGUACAUCUAUUAAUGUUCUUGCUAUGGCCCUGUAUCGCCUUUUUGCGGCAAAUGAUGACUAUAACUUGGCUGUGCUGCAGCGUGGUUGUUUUAGCUAUUUUCAAUUAGGAGGCAUAUGUAUUGAGCAACCUGUUGGUUUACUAUCAGGUUUAAUUCAGCGCCCUUUGAUCCUUGUACAUCAUUUCUUUGCUGUUGCUUUCCAUGCAAUUUACAUUGAAGCUAAACGUAAUGGCUGGUCAAGAGCUCACCACAGCUUUAUCAUGAUCUUUACUGUAUUAUAUGCUGCAUGCGUUACCAUUUUACCUUACUUGUGGUCCGAAACAAAACGUUAGGCCACUUAAUUAAUAAUUUCAUCAAGAUGUAUCGCUUCUUUUACUCUAUUAUUUCUAAUCUACCCAAAUAAAUCUCGUUAUUAAAUGCCAUUAUACUUUAUCUUCAAGAGUGACCAUAGACAUAGCAGAAAGUAUUGUGCAUACCAAUAAGGCGAAUUUGAUUCUUUGCUGACCAAAAUCAGUUAAAGCCAUCUACUAAAAUAAUCAGAGGAAAAAAAAAAUACUAUUCACUGAUGCCAUUCUUGUGGCAUAGAUACAGCCCUAGCCAAGUU